ACGUACGCACAUACGUAGGCCUAUAUACGUAGUCGGUUACAUCUAGCUGCUUCUAUACGUUACGUGGACAACGAGACGGGACUAUCUGAUAGACUGACUUGCAUCUGGUGAGAUAUCAUCUACAUUCCAACGAUGAAGCAGCCAACUCUCCUUCUCAUCACUCUAUGUGCUCUACUCGUGGUAGUAGCGGGUAUGCCUACAGCUGGAGACAUGCCCCGAGACAUGCCCGCAUGCUCUUGCGUUAGGUGGCCAUGUGAACCAGGCUUUCACUCAUGUAACACAACUACUCCGGUGUGCAGGAGUCAAACAGAUGGACCAGACUAUGAAGAUCUCUGCUGCGAUUACCGGUGUGAACCUAAACCUCCAUGCCACAUAAACCCAUGCUUUUUUACGUGGUGUAGACGAGGCACCGUAUGCAAGACGGAUGAAAAUUGCCGGGGAGUAUGCGUGGACAGGCCGCAGAAGGGUUCGAAUGCAUCACUGGCAAGAGGUUGAAAGUUUGCUUCGUCGUUCUAAGACGUUAUCACGUGACCUCCCUCCACGCCCGGGGGAUAGCAACACCCAAUAAUACAAGCAUGUGAUAUCGGCCUGCCAUCUGGUGUCGGACAACAUAACAACUUUAAUAUAUAUGUUCUGGAGAAUGCUACUAUUACCCAGUGAUGUUAAUUAAUAUUAAAUAUAAUAAUGGUAAUAUA